CACACGGUAUUUGAGCCCCUAUCGUGAAGUUAUGGAUCCCUCGCGUGUUGUUGUUGUUUUUCGCUUUUCGAAGGAGAAAAGUCUUUCUCCAGUUGAGAAAGCCAGGAACCUUUCUUCUUUCUCGCUAAAGUACUGAAAAAUUGAUUUGAGUACUUGCUGAGUUUCAUCGUUUUAUUAACGCAAUUAGAACAGCGGUUCAAGGACCAGGUUCGAAGCACAAUGAAGGAAUUUGGACUGAUGUUGGGUAAGUAGAAUGUCUUCUUUUUUAGUGCCGAUUUACUGACUGUCAUUCCGAACGAUUUUUCACAUCGUGACCGACAUUUUAAUCUGCCUUUAGGUUUAUUGUCCUUCGUUUUAAUUUCACGGAAGAACUCGGUAAUUGGACGGACAUUUACUCCAUUUGUUCAGUCAAGUAUUGUUGUUGUCCCCUCUGCUGAAGUAACCGUUUCUGCGAGACAAGAGUCAGUACGACAAUACAACAACACGAGACAAGAUACUGAAACAAAGUCGUUCUUUGAAGUAACAAGUUAUUGGAGAGAAACAAUUACUACAACGACCAAAAGUAGUGAAUAUUCGUUUACAAAUGCUUCAUCCAAACAACUCUUGCCCGCUUUAUCAGUGACUUUGGUCUCUCGAUCACUGUUAAAUGACUUUAUCAAAAGCUCAUUAUCUACCAACGUGCAGCCGGAAAGUUUUGCGCCGAGAUAUCCAUCGCUUAAUGUAAAAGACAGUGUCUCAAGUAGCCACGAAAAUAGUUUUGCGAUAUCGUCAACUCUCUACAAUAUGCUUGCAGCGGAAAUCAUUCCGACCACGUCCCAAGUCAAUGGACUUAGCAAAGCUUCGUCGACGAGAGAUAAGGCGCAUUUGUCGACCUCUCAAAAAGGAGAUAAAUCUCGUGUCAGCUAUCAAGAAGCUUUUAUUAAAUCAGCUUUUUUUGAUCCACGCGGCGUAUCUAAUGUGUUUAACUCGUGGACAGCUCAAUUUACAAGUUCCAUGUCGCAAGGUGACAGUUUAUACAGUGUUGUAGUAAGCAAAAAUGAAACAGAAAUGUUUACUAAAGGAUCAGUUGCGCUGACAAACGGGCUAAGGACUUCUUCAUCCGCAUCGACCAUCCGGAAAACCGCGGAAUUAAAGCUUCUCUCACAGGCGGCAUCGCAUUCAUCUUUUCGCAAAGAAACUUAUCAACACAGCGUGAAAACAUUUGAUACCAAAAUAACUUCAGUAGCCAUUAGAGAACAAUUUGCCGGUAUUUCUGGCAUUUCGAAAACAACUGAGAAUGGAAAAUUGACCCUUAUAUAUCAAGGCUUCACUUCUUCGUUUAUUUCAACUGUGCUUGCCACUGGAGUGUCCUCAACCUCUGUAAAAACUUCCUCAACUUCCAGACCACCCAGCAUGAAGCAGUCUUUCUAUCUGUCUGUGAUGACUUCACCAGUUGUUCUCAACAAAAUGUCUACUAACUCGAUGACAACUUCCACAACGCCUUUACCCCACAUGUCUGUCAGCGCGAACAGCAGCAAAGUUUCUUCGAGAUCGAAAAGCGAAUUCCACACGUCGUCAAUAGAAAAGAAAAACAGUGAUGUACUUAGUUUAUCUUCCAACUCGACGCAAACUAGUGGUGGCGGUGUAUCAGAUGUUUCCACACAUAAAUCUAUAUCUUCUGUAGUUCCAAAAGAAUCACUUCGUUCUUCAGAUUUGUCUGAGUUUGCUAGAAGAAGCUCCUAUCUGACAGAAGGAAUGCAAACCGCACCUUUAUCGCGGCCAAAAAAAAGUCAACAAACAUAUCUCUUGUCCACAUCUCUUGUAAAAGCCUUCUCAGGUUCGGUAGACAUUCCUCAAAAUGCUGGAAAACAGACACCAGUGAGUUCUAAACAAUCAACUGCGUUGGGCGAAAAUCUGUCUUCUUCCUCCUUACUACAUACAACGAUCACCAUGCGCUCAAAAUUCCGGUCUGUUUCUGAUGCGUCUAAUUAUAAACAUUUCUCCAAAUUGAUGGUCCCUGGUAGCAGACAUCCUUCUUCUAUUUCCAGUAGUAAUGCUUAUCGUGUUCGUUUCUCUCAGUUCACCAAGACCUCCGCUGUGUCCAAUGGACUUGUCGCUGCAUCCUCCCGUGUAAAAGACCAUCCUCAGAUAUCACGGUUUGCCUCGUCUAUAUCGUCCUCUCGGAGUUUACCUGCCAGUACACCACCGUCUGCAUCCAUUGUAUCCAUGUCUAGCAGAUUUUCGAUUCCAAACCAAAGCGGAACUAUUUACACUGAUACUUGGUAUCGAAGGUCUCACCUAUCAUCUCAGAGUUCAACUGUGUCAUCGGAACUAGUCGUGUCAUCAUCAUCAACAACAACAACACCAUCGCCAUUACAAUUACAAUUACCAUCAAAAUCAUCAGCACCACCAUGGCCAUCCUUCUUACCGUCACUGUCACCAUCAUCACCGUCAUUUCCCCAAUCAUCGAGAUUAUCAUCAAACUCCCCACCAUCACCUCUACCAUUACCAACACCAUUACUAUCCACAUCACCGUCGUCGUCAUUAUCAGCAGUACCAUUACUGUCACUUCGCCAUUCACCACCAUCAUCAUCACUGUUACCAUUAUUAACAACACGAUCACCAUCACCAUCAAGACAAUCACCUCCAUUGCACUCACCAUCAUCAACAUCACUGUCAACGUCACUGUCACCACCAUCAUUGCCGUCGUCUCCUCAACGAUCAUCGUCAUUAUCAUCAUCAUCCUCAUCAUCAUCAGCAGUAUCAACAACACCAUCACCAUUCAUAUCAUCGUCACUGUUACCAUCAUCAUUGUCAUCGUCCACAUCACUGUCACCGUCCCCGUUAUCGACAUCAUUAACACCACCACCUUCACCUCCCCAAUCACCAUCAUCAUUACCGACACCAUUAUCAACUACACCAUUGCAAUCACCAUCAUUAUCAUCAUUACCAGCGUCAUCACCAUUAUCAACAACAUCACCGUUACUAUCACCUUCUUUAUCAUCACCAUUAUUACCAACACGGCCACUGUCACUGGCACCUCGCCCAUUAACAUCAUCAUCACCAUUAUUAACAACAUCGCAAUCCAUAUCAUCGUCACUGUCACCAUCGUCAUUGUCAUCAUCAUCUCGGUCACUGUCACCUCCCCCAUCACCGCCGUCAUCAUUAUCAUUAUCAUCAUCAUCACCACCAUCCACGUCACAAUUAUUAACUACACUAUCACGAUCCACAUCACCGUCAUUGUCACCAUCAUCAUUUACAUCACCAUCACCAUUUACAUCACCAUCACCGGCACCUCCCCAAUCAUCAUCGUCAUCAUCAUCGUCACCACCACCAUCAGCAUCGUCAUCAUCAUCAUCUUCGACAUCGUCAACAUCACUAUCGUUAUCAUCAACGAAGAAAAUCGUCAUUGAAAGAUAUUCCACUGUCACUGGGUUUUAUUACGAACCAUCACUUUCCAAGUCAAACAUGAGAUCUAAAGUUUUUCUAUCAUCUCAUCAGAGUUCAACUUUAUUCACAGAAGACCAUUCACCAUCUUCUUCCUGGCAGACCUUCUCUAAGACACAACCGGCUUCUACUUCUAAGAUUGGACAUCAGCCUCGCUAUAUCUCUACUGAGAGCUCAACGUCAUCCCUAGAUAUGCACGCAUAUAGCCGCUACCAGACUCCACACACGGAGUCGUUGGUUUUAACUCUUACCUAUCAACCGAUGCCUUCUACAUUAGAAAGCGCACAUCAAGUAAACUUUUCAUCUCCCCAGACCUCACUUGCAUCAACAGUCUCGCCUUCCUCUCAACCAAAGAUCAGCUCCCAUGUUCUUCAGAGGAGAAGCUCCGCCGAAUUAAAUUUGCCAUUUACCAGACCCAUCCUAAAAACUAUUACAACAAGCGUUGUUUAUGAAGAAAAUAUGAAGGGGUCUUCACUGGACAGUACUGGUACUUCGCCAAUCAGGGACAUCACAUCUGCAGUGAACGUAAGCACAUAAUAUGGUACUUAACAAAUAGAGUGUAGACAGGCUGUAAGUGAUAUAAUAGCCUGCGAGCAAGCUCUCCGGGGAAUACGGGGUGAGAGGGGGGGGAGGAAGAGGGGAAGCCCCACUGCCAGAGCGCCCCGAAAAGCUUGCUUGCAGCGCAGGCUAGUGUUAUAAAUGAACGCCUUUUGGAGAUUUGCACAACAGCAAAUUGUAUGCUGUCAUACAUCGCUUGAACUUAUGUCGCGAGGUAAAGGUGAUUGGCAGCAGUUAAUUAUUUUUAAAAUGUUUUGCAGUCUUGCUUCUCUUUUAAGCUCGACUGUAAGUUGGAGGGUGGAAAGUAGGCAAAGAUGUUUUUCGUAUGAUUUUUGAUAAAUACAGGCAUUCCACUUCGCGUAACCAAAGGAAAUCUCCAACUGAAGGAAAUAUCGGAAUAACCGUGUUUUAUUUAAAGUUACUUAAGCAAACAUUACAGUCAAACUUGCAUGAAACAGUCAUCCUUGUGAAAUGGCCGUACGACCGUUUAAUACAUGUCAUGUGACCUUUAAAUACAGGCUUGGCCAGCCUACGCGUGAACUGAGGAAAGAACAUGGUUAUGGAGAGAAGUACGAUCGCAAACCAAAUAAUCCUCAAAUGGUUUCCUAUUUGACUCUAUGUACAAGUAAAGGACAGUACAGACAAUUAAGAUUGGAGCCAUAUGAAUUAAGACAGUAAUAAAUGGGAGCAGAUAUUUUAAACGAUAACUAAGUUUUUUAGUUGAUAAUAUCUGCAUAAGGUCAAAUCAGUAAAAGCGGUCGCCCUCUUUAUUGUGGAGCCGCUUGCUAAAUAAGGUCUUCUUUUACCGUACAAAAAGUGGAAAUACAGUGAAAUCUCUAUUAAGCGGGCCCCCAAUUAAGCGGACACCCUCUAUUAAGCGGAUACUAAGCCCGGUCCCGAAAGGAACGUACGUCUUAUAUUUCCCUUUAUAACGAACCCCUGUUCAGCGGACACCUCUAUUAAGCGGACGCGGACACUGAAAUAAGUUGUAUUUGGCUAAUUUCUAUUGUUAAAAACCACUAUUAAGCGGACACCGGACCGAAUUGACAAUAGUAGUAUUGGAUUACGUCCUUGAAAUUCGUACUGAAGUCAGUUAAUGUUUUGCAUUUACAGACAAAUUAAAGUAGGUAAUGAAAGGUAAUGAACUUGAACUCUGGAUGGCUUCUUUAACAACAUGCAGCUUUAUCACAGCACAUAGUAACCGUUGAAUGUUGAUCGUUAACAAACAUUGCGCAAUUUUUAUAACCUCUAUUAAGCAGACACUGGGGAAGGUCCCGUAGGUGUCCGCUUAAUAGAGGUUUCACUGCAAUAAUUUGGCGAAGCAGCGCCGAGAUCUUUGUUCUGAGCCCCCAACGGAGUCAACAAGUUACCGGAAAUGCGUUUCGAAUUUCCUGUCAACCAGAUUAGCAAAUCGAUAAUGGCUUUUUAACAGGCUAAUCAUGGCGCGCACACAAAUCCUGAUACUCAGCUGUGGGCUUAGAACACGGAUUACGGUGCUGUUUCACUUUCAAGUUCCGUCUGUGCCGCAGGCUACAACCUCAGCUCUAGCCCUGCCCCAAGACCCACAUACAAAUUCUCCAGACUUGCCUCCAUACAUUUUUUUUUUAAGAAUAGUUAAGAGAAUUUGGUUUAAGAUCAAAGCGUUCUUCCUUCGGUAAUCAAUUUAGUAAUUCUCAUAACCUUUACUCUUGAUUAUCUGCUGAUGCUGUUAAGAGAAAGUUGAUGUUGGUCACUCUUUGGACCUAAAGGGCUAAUGAAGUUUUGCAAAUUGCUUUCCAUAGGUCCCCCGGAUACCAGCACCAAGCAUACAGCUUGGCACCACAGUACCCCCAAAGGAUAACAUGUCCACGUCUUCACCAGCAGAUGUCGCGGGUCAUCCAUCCACGGAACAACCAACCACCUCAAUAGCUGAGAUGAGCAAUAUCAAGCUCCUUGUUAUUGUUGCAACCGUGCCAAGUAUCGUCUUGUGCAUCUUCUUCGUUGCUGUAAUGUUCUUUCGACGAAACCGCAGACGCAAGAACAAUUUCAAGUACUCCAUCAAGUUGGAAUACAUGGACAGUCUUCGUUCAAGGUGCGCGAACAGUCGCUUAGAUCUCAGCUUAAAGGAAAUCCACAUCGAUCUAGAGAUGCCGAAUUUAUCGAACGACAGACGGGACAGUAUCGAUUGCUCACGCGGGACGAGUUUGACUGGCACGCAGAUAAGGGAAUUGCAGAUUCUAUCUCAAGAAUGCAAGGAGAAUCUAGAAUGGAUCAGUGAGGUGAUUGCUCGCGAUAUGGGAACAUCAAUGUGUCCCCGGCAACCCGUUAAUCGUGAUAGUGUGUACUCGGUUAAAGAAAAAGGAAGCUACGAACCGAGCGCAAAAAUUAUCAGGAGGGAGUCUUCAAAGCGAGGCAGAGAGACGAUUAAGUGGAGAGUGCCGAUAAAGCGUCGUCGUGAUUCAGGAGAAUUUGAUCAAAAUGAUUCCGUUUGUACAGAGGAUACAACAUUGACUUCAGAAUGGAAAGAUGAACGAGAAGUUGAUGCAGAAAGGAGUAAAGGUGUCGUAAAAUCUUGCAAAAUUAAGCGAACUCCAAGCCAUUUAAGCGAGGAUCGUCGAGGU